ACACCGAGCCGCUGCCCGACAGCAUGCCGUCCCUCAAGCACUCCUACACGGUCACCGUACCGGGGCGACCCGCCUCCUCUCCCCGGGCGGAGGAGCCCGACCUGCGGCGGAGGAGCCAGCCGUUGUCCCGGUCCAUGCUGGUGUCCCGGUUCAUGGGUCUGAUCCUGAACCAGGCCAAGAGCAAGAGUCCUCACGGUUUGGUGGGUCUGAAGAACCUGGGCAACACGUGCUUCAUGAACUCCAUCCUUCAGUGUCUGAGCAACACGCCGGAGCUGAGAGACUACUGUCUGUGGAACGUCCAUCACCUGGACCAGAGGACCAGCUGCAGGAGAAGCGCGGCCCUGAUGGAAGAGUUUGCAAAGCUGAUCCAGGGUCUGUGGACGUCUGUGAACAACGAAGCGAUCAGCCCUUCUAAUUUCAAAAGUCAGAUCCAAAAAUUUGCUCCCAAAUUUGUUGGCUGCAAUCAGCAGGAUGCCCAGGAGUUUCUACGCUUCCUGUUGGACGGCCUUCAUAAUGACGUGAACAGAGCAACGCUCCGACCAAAGGUGUCCGUCGAGGACUUUGAUCACCUCGCGGAUGAUGAAAAAUCCAGGCGGAUGUGGAACCUGUACCUGGAGAGAGAGGACAGCAAAGUUGUGGAUCUGUUUGUGGGGCAGCUGAAAAGCUCUCUGACCUGCACCGCAUGCGGCUUCAGGUCCACUGUGUUCGAUCCGUUUUGGGAUCUCUCCAUACCUGUCGCACAGAAAAGCUCAGGCGAGGUGACUCUCAAAGACUGCUUGAAGCUCUUUACAAGAGAAGACGUGUUGGAUGGAGACGAGAGACCGACGUGCAACAGAUGCAAAACCAGAAGGAAAUGCACCAAGAGGUUCAGCAUCCAGAGGUUCCCUCAGAUUCUCGUACUUCACCUGAAGCGUUUCUCAGACUCUCGAACGAGCAAACUUUCCACUUACGUCAACUUUCCUCUCAAAGACCUGGAGAUGCGCGAGUUUUCAGCAGUGAGCAGCGAGCGUCCCGUGUAUAACCUGUACGCUGUAUCCAACCACACUGGAAACACCCUGGGAGGCCAUUACACGGCCUACUGCAGGAACCCGGCACUGGGGGAGUGGUACAGCUACAAUGACUCCAGGGUGAGUCCGAUGUCUUCCAGCCAGGUGCGCAGCAGCGACGCCUACGUCCUUUUCUACGAGCUGACCCACUCGUCGCACGGUAAAUAUCAGACGUGUCGGCUGUGAGGAACGACGGCGGCACAAAACGCCGAACUGAGCCUGAACAUGGAGACUGAUGCCGCCUACAUGGAGAGAGCUCCA